GAAGUAAGAUCCUUUCGCUGCCUCUCGGAUUCCUAUUCUUUUCGUUGAGUUUUCCGCUUCUAUGAGAAGCUACCCAGGCGUUGAAUGGCGGAGACUGAUGUCGGUACCUUGGGUAGGGGAUGGAUUGAAUGGCGUGAGAAGGAGUGCCGAUUUCAUGGAGAUGAUUUCAAGAUACUGGGGCUCAACAACGUUUAAUGUGAUUGUGGGCCACUUCAUAUUUCUCUGACGAAGAAGUCUUUGUGGGGUUUCUCCACUUGCGCUGCGGUCAAGCUCAAUCGUUUUGAUGCUACACAAUGAGUCUGCUCUGUCUUUUAUAGUUUACGACUUUUGGACGUGUAUUGCUUUGCACGGUUUUGCAAUGUAGUUUAUCUUUGACGAGCUGCCUAUGCUCUUAGAGCGACAUUGGCAAUUCGAUUACAGUUUCCGAUGCGUUUUUCGACCUGUGUUGACGCAUGAGACAGGUUUUUCACAAACCCAUGAAUGUGUACGAUCGCUCUCGCCUGAUAUGUUUCGAGGAGCACAACGUCGCAGGAAAUUUUGGUUCGGUUGGUUUGGUUUGUGUUAAUAGCAUAACGAAUUCUUAGGCUUGAUUUUUUUUUUUUUUUCUUUUUUUCUUUUUUUUCUUCUUCUUCUUCUAGCUAUUGUAUCCGUAAUUUGAAUGAAUCGUUGUGGUCAUCCUUGCGCAGAUUUUAGGGCUUUGACCCUUUGCGCUUGUUUGUGUUGAGACGCUUCAAACUUGUGGCAAUGGCAAUCCAGACAACUCCGCCAAGUCCUGCAGUGCCUGUAGAGUCAAAUUCGCAAGACGGUCUCAUGUUCAGCCUACGAAUCGUGAAUUUGGAAUACUACUUGUCACCCCCUCAACCGGGCAUAGAUGUGUGCUACUCCAAGUUUCAAGGUCGCACUGUGAUGGAGGUUCCCGUAGUGCGGAUUUAUGGAGCAACGCCAGCAGGCCAAAAGGCUUGCUUACAUUUACAUCAGGUGUUUCCUUACUUCUAUGUGCCUUAUGGUGAUGAUCUGCCGCAAGAAACUAGCGAAGCUCUUGCAUAUGUGCGGUGUCUUGCGUCAGCAAUCGAGAAAGCCAUGAAGCUAGCCAGUAGCAGCGCUGCAAAGAAGCAGCAUGUUCACAGCUGUAGCCUUGUGAGGGCCCGACGCUAUUAUGGCUAUUAUCCAUCUGAGGAGCUCUUCAUUAAGAUUGUAUUGUAUCACCCUCAGGAAGUGGCCCGCAUCAGCACUUUGUUGCUGGGUGGAGGGAUAAUGAAUCGCAAGUUUCUGCCUCAUGAAUCCCACAUUCCAUAUUUGCUCCAAUUUUUGAUUGAUCAGAAUUUGGCUGGCAUGAGCUACAUUCAUCUUUCCAGUGUGAAGUUCCGGCGACCCAUUCCCGAGCGGCCCUCUGACACAAUGCAUGUUAUACAACAACUGAAAGCCGAAUUCAUGCAAAGGUCUCUUAAUAUAGAUGUGACUGUAACCGAAGCAGAUGAUGAUGUGAAAAUCAGGACAGCACAGAGUAUGGAAGCAACACCCUCUUCGACCAAUGAAUGGUUAGGGUCUGGCCCAGGGGGUAAGAGCCACACACGCUCGUGGGUGGAGUCUACAAUACCUGCUCACUGGGUCUGGUCCUCGCAUUAUUCUACUGGUGGUCCUUUUGGACGACACAGCACAUGCGAGCUUGAAGUUGAUGCAUCUGUGGAAGAUAUAUUGAAUCAGAAAGAACUGGUGUUUAUACCACUACACGAGGCAGGGCGUGCGAUCAAACUGGUUCAGUCUCUGACGCCAAUGUGGGAGGAAGAGCGGCUCAGGACUGGAGAGGAUGGACCUGCUGGCGCUGCAUAUGCACUACGACCCUCGCUGGACCGCUUUCUUCCAUCCCCGUCUGCUCUUGAGCAAGCUCUUCGUGACUCUCUUUACCAGAUAGUGCAGGAUGAAGAAAGAGUCCACCAUCUUGAGCAUAGGAGUGGUCAAUUUCUCAAAAGUACACAAGAGGUGUUACUUGGGUGCUCUCAAGCAGCCAAUACUGUGAGGCCUGAGGUGGCACCACAGGACCUGGAACCUAGACUGGAUACAAAUAGUAUUGGCGCAGAGGGAUGGUUAGCGGAUGACGAAAGGGGCCCAAGUAGGGAGCAUUCCGCCUCAGAUCAGGGAGGUCAAGACGAGUUAAUUAAUGAGAAUGUCAUUCGUAGUCAGCUUAACUUACAGAGUCGUGCCUCUCAGGAAGUGGAGGAAGAGGUAGCCGAGCUGUUAGAGUGGAUGGGUGCCUUCCAUCAGGAUAUCAUGGGCGAAUCAGGUAGUGAGGAUGAUGAAAAAGAGCAGGAAAUUCGAAGAGUCUUGAGCCAGCCGUGGGAUUCACCAACUAUGGAAGCAGCGAUGCUGCAAGCUCUUUCCAACUUUGAACACGCUUCACAGAAAGAAUGUCAAGAAAUUCUUGAAUGCGCGAACUAUGACGAUUGUGUAGAAGAUGAAGGCGAGGAAGAUCUUGAAACUUCCCUUCUUGAGAUGAAUCUGGAGGGUUUGGCCACUGUACAAAGAAAUGGGGCUGGAUCAGAAAGGUUUUCAUCUGGUAUUCCACAAGUAAAUGGUUCAAGCGAUGAGUAUGAGAAAACGUCAGGGGUUGUAUUCGAUAGAUAUACUGAGCAUAUUGAUACAUUGCAUACAGAGGGUGAAACUAAAAUUCCCCGUGUCAUUUUUGGGGUCGACGACCCCCUUAAGUUUGUACAGAAAGAUCUCGAACACCAUCAGCAAUAUCUCCCAAAAAUACCACAAAAUGAUGGCGCAGGUGAUACGGAUGCUGAAACGGAGCGUGAUUUUUUGCCGGAGCCUAAGCGAAUGCGUCUUUGUUUACGUCAAAGCUCAGCUGGCUGCAGGAAGGAUAGCCACGAUCGGAAGGAGAAAGACACUUCGAAACGAUCUGUUUGGGGUUCACUGCCUUUGGUUGGUGGAACAUCUGAUUCAAAAACUGUAAAGAAAGAAAAGAAGGAACAAAGGCCCUAUAAGCAGGCUUUGCCAGUAGUUUCAAAUCAAAGGAACGAAGAUCACCUUCGACCUCGCAAGGAGGUAACUCGGGUGGUCGAAGUAGCUGCCCGAGACCAAAGACCAGGGAUCUCAGUAGAUUCGAAAACAAAAGUUGCUGAAGUAAAAUCAAAGGAUGCGGAAGUCUCUCUACGAGCCUUAAUGAGGAGGAAACGAGAGAGGCGGUUGCGAAGCAAAGACCCUUCUCUCUCAGGAGGCAGUUCUAUUGUAGGGAGUCAGAGCGAAGGGGAGCAAUCUUUUGGCGGGGUGGGGAUUGUGAAGAGUGAGAGUUCGCUUCCAGGCGAUUCUGAAUCCCAAGAACAAGAUGUGAUUAAGCAGAACACAGCGGCGUCGAGUCCUCCACUUGCUAAAGAGAAAGAUGAGGAAAAAAUGGAAGAGCUUGUUAUUUCAAAUCAGGGUACCACAUUACCACGAGUUGUGGGGCAAACGACCAAAUUUCAAGUACUAACCUUGGGGAGUAAUGGUGCUGAACAAAUAACCAGGGGCUCCCAGGGUAUGGAAAUUGACUCAGGAAGGGGAUCCACAAUUCGUCUAUCUAACGCUGAUUCUAUAUAUCCUGUGGACGAUGCACUUGGCAAAUCUGAAUCAAGAAGCAUGCAUCAGGAUUCUGAAACGAAUAAACUACCUCCUAAGUUUGAAGAUUUGUCAGUAAAGUGGAAUCAUCACUUGCAUGAAAUUGGGGAUCAUCGGGAUUGUGGAGGUGGGAGAGUGCUCAAUGCGGAAACGUCUGCGCUUAAUGUGCAGAAUUCUGCAGGUAUUCAAGUCUACUCUCAAGUUCCGGAGGCAGUUCUGUUUGAAAAGGUAGAACGGUCGUCUGAAUCGGAGGAAUCGGAACAUCUCUUUCCUGCUUCUACUUCAGGUCCAGCUGUGCAGAAAGAAGCCUUCCUGCAAUGUAAAGAUUUGCAUGCAGCACGUGGAGCAGAUGCGUUGAAAAGCACGAGUUUUGCUAAAGGCACAAGGUUAUUCUGGGCCGAGGUGGUGAAGGACAUAGUGGAGAAUACAUCUGAUAAAGUCACAUUGCGAAAGACGCAACUUUCCAAUUAUGACGUGAAUGACUUGCAGGACAUUGACAAUGUGACUCCACAAAGGAAGAUUCGUCUUGUUUCCGAGGAUGUUGGAUAUCUGACAGCAAGCUUGCUAUCCGAGUCAUUUCGUCCACAAAGGCCGGAUGUGGUCUCAGAUGAGAUUCUUGUAGAUAAUGCUGAACUCAUUGAGACCCAGUUAGUGGAGCAUGAGAUUAUUCGGAGACUGAAAGAACAAGAGAUGACUUGCACGGCAGACAUGGAGUCUGAUAUGACUCAGUCUAUCAUCCAGAGAGAAGCCGCAUUCGAAGAGGAAGUCGAUAGGGAUGAAGUUUUUGGAGCAAUUCUUAUUGGAGAUAGAGAAGGUUCAAUAGGCAACCUCUCGCAAGCCGACAUCUCUGUAAAUAUUAACAUUGUUUCGGUGCCCGACGAGACAGAGACAGUUUUCAACAAAUUAGACAGGGAAAUCAAAGAAUCUCCACCUAUGAUUCCUGUAAAUGUCAACCACGACGCGGUUCCACGCAUCGAAGGGCAUGAAGUUCCUGGUAUAGUUUUCACUGAUAUGUCGGACGAGAGUGAAGAUAGCCUUGAUUGGGGUGAUGAUUCCGGAAACUUUCACAGGUUAAAUGAUAGUGAUGAAGGUGCGGAUGUUCCAGAAGAGGAAGAACUUCGGACGAGACUUCCGAAUAGUCCAACCUAUGUCAACCCUGGAUCACCAAUGCAUGCGAAUGGAGUCGAUCCAGUCGUUAAGGGUGAAGAUUUGGUACACGUGGAAGCAUUACAAGUUCCUUCGGCAAGAGAUGUGAGAUGCAAGAAUGCGGAGAGUACCUUGAACAGUACACCAAAAGCUUUUUUCACUGAGACUCAUACAAACUCCAACUUCUUGAUGGAGAUACCUGAAGCACAACUGUUCCCAGCUACAAGAGAAAAUAUGAAUACUGUAGGGUUAAGUAAAGGUUCAAGCGGAUCCUGUGGGACUAGUACUGUAUUUGGUGCUGUGCUAGGUGAAGCACAAGCAUCAGGGGGAUUUUCAAAAGAAGUUGGAGAUAUGGUGAAGGAGAUAUCCUCCCCGAAGUCUAGCUCACUAGUGAAGAUUGGUAUGGGUAUUUGUAAACUCAAAUCAGAGCCAGGACAAGACAACCAUUAUCUUUCGAUACCGACUGAAGGCCAGUCUGAGUCAAGUGAUAAGAAUAAUAAUACUGUGUUUCUACAUGAGGCAAAAGGCUUUGCAUACAGUGAAGAUAAUAAGGGCAGAGAAUCCGAAAUGAUUGUGGAAGUUAGUGCUUCUGAGAAGGCAAAAGGCAAGGAUUCUGCUCCGCAGACAAGGGAAUAUAACAUGCAGGAGGCAAAGGAUGACACUUUGCUCCCUGUCAAAUUUUACCAGAAACCGCCAUCUAGGGACGCACUCAUGGGUACUCUUUGCCAAUACAAGCUCAGGAAUGUGGAUUAUGGAGGUGUGUUUUAUGGGAAUUCGAAGGAUGUUCCUGCACGGGCUACUGUCUCCGCAGGCUUGAUUUUUGAUGUAAAAACGAAAGAAGCAUUUGAUUUACCUCCGUUCUUAUUUGGAGCUGAAAAUAAGAAGAGCAGAUUCAGUAGUACCCGUGCAGAGCAGAGAACGAGUCCGACACCCCUUAGUCCUGGAAUGGGGGUUCCCUGUUACUAUGAAAACGAUGGAUCUGUGUCAUAUCUUUUGACUCCAGCCAAGCCACCUCCCAGCCGAUUUGCUGUGCAACAAUGGCUCUCAGAGAAUAACGUUACGGAUGCUCAGAGUCAUUUGAGCACACGUGGAGAACGACUCUUUACCAUGGAUGCUAACACAGGUAAACUUGUACCUAUUGAUGAAGCUGGAAGCAACAGGUCGACCCAGGAGAGCUUCCCACUGCAACACUCAGAUGAAGAUUAUUUCCGGCCAGCUUCACCUAAAUAUGACGAACAUCAUGUGUUGGCUACACCGAUGGUAUCUCAUUUUUCUGUCUCGCCUGCGUGUGCACCCUCAGUGAAAAGAUCUAGUAAAAAGAGCAACGCUAAUGGGGAAGUGGCUUCCGGGUCCAAUUCUCUCCACUCAAACCCUGAGCUUGUAAGUUCUAGAGCCACCACCCCCGUCACUCUUGAUGGUGUAUUCGAGGAUCGUAAGCCUAAACCCUUACAAACUAUUGUACAGAACGAGAAAAAAGUGACUGCUCAGGCAUCGCCGUCUCUUCACAACAAUUCACCAUCUUCGCAAACUCUGGAAUGUGUAGCACCACCACUUGCGAAGGAUAAAUUGAAGAAUGAAUUGCUCAGGGGGAGGAACACUGAAGGAGGAACUUCAAAGGGUAUCUCAAAAGCAACAGCGAUCUUUCGUGAUGUAUCUCAGAUUACAGCUCCUUCUCCACUUAAAGGUCAUUCGACUCCCCUUAGUCAAUCUGGGUUUCGGGACCCUGCCAGCGUAGGUGCGGGACAGCAGCUCACAUUGAUGAGUAUCGAGGUACAUUCAGAAACGCGAGGGAACUUACGUCCAGAUCCUCGUUAUGAUGCGAUUGGAAUGGUAGUUGUUGAUAUUCAAUAUGACGAUGAGACACGCGGGCAUAUUAAUAAUCAGACUUUGGUUCUACUUGUCGAUGGAAAGGCAGCUUCUUCUUCCAAGAACGUGGAUGGUGUUACAGGCUGUAGCAUCAUCUAUCUUGCUGACGAACUCCUUCUUCUUAAAUGCUUCGUCCGCCUCGUCCGCUCAUGUGACCCUGACAUGCUUGUGGGCUGGGAGAUUCAAGGUUAUUCUUUGGGUCUUUUGGCCGAACGGGCAGCUAAUCUGGGUUUCGGUCUUCUUAAAGAACUCUCUCGUAUACCUCCAAAGGCACAACCUCACAGCUCGAACGGUGUAAAGGAAGGUGACAGCAAUACUCACAGCAACUCUGCCGAUGGUCAACCCAAGUUUCAAGAGCUGAAAAACUCAGUUUUUGGCGAUAUGAUACCUUUGGAGACAGGGGCGGCUGAUAGUGUAAUUACAGAUGAGUGGGGUCGGACCAACGGGAGCGGUCUCUUUGUGGGAGGUCGUAUAAUCUUGAAUUUGUGGAGAAUUAUGCGUGGAGAGGUAAAGUUGGGUGUAUAUACACUUGAAGCUGUAGCUGAGGCUGUGCUUAGGAGGAGGGUGCCACGAAUCCCUUGGCGCAUUUUGACUAGGUGGUUUGCUCGCGGUCCUGCUCGAGGAAGAUGUCGAUGCAUCAAGUAUUUCAUCGAUAGAGCAAAACUCAAUUUCGAGAUUAUAGACCAACUUGAUCUGCUGAAUCGCACUUCGGAGCUGGCUCGGGUAUUUGGAAUUGAUUUCUACUCGGUAUUUUCUCGUGGGUCACAGUUCCGAGUAGAAUCUAUGAUGUUGCGACUAGCACACACUCAGAAUUUCCUUCUUCUGUCUCCAAGUAGACAACAGGUCGCUGCUCAACCAGCAAUGGAGUGCCUGCCACUCGUGAUGGAACCUGAGUCUAGAUUUUACACAAGUCCGGUGGUGGUCCUGGACUUCCAGUCGCUGUACCCUUCUAUGAUCAUCGCAUAUAAUUUAUGCUUUUCAACUUGUCUGGGUAAAAUAGUCUCACAAAACCCAAAGGUUCUGGGUGUUACCAAUCUGGCUAUCCCACCUGGUCUGUUGCAGGAACUCAAGGAUUUACUUACAAUAACUCCAAAUGGUGUAAUGUAUACUCCUCCAGAGGUUCGUCAUGGGGUCGUGCCAAGGCUUCUUUCAGAAAUUCUCUCGACUCGCAUUAUGGUGAAGCAAGCGAUGAAGAAUUUAGCUGUAGAUCAAAAAGUUUUGAAAAGAGUCCUAAAUGCUAGGCAGUUUGCGCUAAAGUUGAUCGCGAAUGUGACUUAUGGAUACACCGCAGCAGGAUUUAGUGGUCGAAUGCCAUGCGCAGAGCUCGCUGAUAGCAUUGUACAGUGUGGCCGUCUUACACUUGAGCGUGCAAUACAUCUAGUUAACACGACUAAACGGUGGGACGCUCGGGUCGUCUACGGUGAUACGGAUAGCAUGUUUGUACAUUUGGAGGGGCGCACAAGGGAGGAAGCAUUUCAAAUAGGACAGGAUAUCGCGGCAUCUGUGACAGCCAUGAACCCGAGUCCAGUUACCUUGAAGAUGGAGAAGGUCUACCACCCGUGUGUACUUCUCACUAAGAAGAGAUACGUGGGUUUCAGUUACGAAAGCCCUAAUCAACGCAAUCCAACUUUUGAUGCUAAGGGCAUUGAAACUAUACGUCGUGACAGCUGUGCAGCUGUGUCCAAGACAUUAGAGCGAUCUCUUCGUACUCUAUUCGAGACUCAAGAUCUGUCACAGGUGAAGGCCUAUCUCCAGCGGCAGUGGGGGAAAAUCAUUAGUGGCCGUGUUUCGCUUCGUGACUUCGUGUUCGCAAAAGAAGUGCGAUUAGGGACAUACAGUGCGCGAGCGUCUGUCCUUCCAGCCGCUGCUAUAGUGGCCUCAAAGGCGAUGGCGCUUGACCCUCGGGCAGAGCCACGAUAUGCAGAGAGAGUACCAUACGUUGUUGUGCAUGGGGAGCCCGGAGCCCGUUUGUCUGAUGUGGUCGUGGAUCCUCACACAAUGCUUGCGAAUGGAUUACGUCUCCAUGACACUUACUACAUUACCAAGCAGAUCAUUCCUGCAUUGCAGAGAGUCUUCGGACUUGUGGGAGCAGAUUUGAAGCAGUGGUAUGCUGAGUUACCACGGAUUUAUAGGCCCCCAACUUCCAAACGACCAGGAAUAGUAACCUCCAACGGUCCUUCUAAAGCUCCGGCUGAGGUAGAGCGAAGCAAUAAAGGCUAUCUAUCUAAGGGGACCAUUGAUGACUAUUACUUGUCACAACAUUGUGCAGUAUGUGGGGAGUUGAUGCGAGGCUCUCAGUUUAUCUGCUCCUCCUGCUCUGCCAACCCUCAAGCUGCUGUCGCGGUGUUGACGACUCAAACUGCUCAGUUGGAGAAAGAGUUCAAGCACCUAGAGGCGAUCUGUCGACAUUGUGACGGAGGUGAUGGAGGUCCAGAGGGCCACAUUGCAUGCGUCUCCCUUGACUGCCCCAUCUUUUUUGAGCGGAUCAAAGUUCAGAAGGAGUUGCAAGCGUUAUCAACGAUUUCUGCCAAUUGUGGAUAUUAUCCAACGUGUUUUGUCGACUUUGGCUCUGAGUUAUUCUAGAAUCAAAAUCUUUGUAUUCAUGUAUCAAUUAUCACAGGUAUUAAUUAAUUUACUUGUACAAAUAGCCGUAACUCUGAAAGUCGUAGUUAUAUGGGAAGAUCCAGUGAGACGUUUUUCAAGUUCAAGGUAAUGUGAGCUAAGGUUAUGAACAAGAGUUUCUUUUGAGACGAUGCACUCCGAAAGUAGCCAAAAAUAGCAGCAGAUUAUUGUUGCAGAGGUUUGUUCUUGAAGAACUUAUACCUUAGAAGAUACGUCUAUUCAGUGAUUUAAUUUAGGUCGAAAUUUCGCCAGAGCUUUUUCAAAUUCAAUUCAUAAUAUUUUAUUGGCAUUCAAAUUAUAUUAUAAAAGAAUAUUUUCUGUA